UACCGAAGAAUAGAAUCCUAAAACAAAGCGAAGUUAGGGAAGAGAGGAGGGGUUACGCACGACGGACGUCAGUUUUGGUGUGCAGCGGCGCAGAGCUGUCACAGCAGUCAGUGUGAUGAAGAUUGGCAGGCAGGUGUGUGUGUAAAGCAGUCUCAUGAUGCCCCAUGCCUGUCCCACUCCUGCUGUCAGCGUGAUGUCUGCUAAGGCUGCCCUUCCUCCUACUCCAUACCCUGACGGCCAGCAGAUGACAGGGGCCACCCCCCAGCACUCGAGCCCCCAGCCGGCCCUCCCGCCCUCCUCCUCCCCAGGCAGCGCCCCUCUGGAGCCUCCGGCCCAGCUUGAGGUGGACAAGCAGGCCAUCUACAGACACCCUCUCUUCUCUCUGCUGGGGCUGCUGUUUGAGAAGUGUGAACGAGCCACUCAGGGGUCAGAUGGCGCCACCUCAGCCAGCUUUGAUGUCGACAUCCAGAACUUCGUCCAUCAGCAGGAACAGGAACACAAGCCCUUCUUCAGCGAGGACCCAGAGCUGGACAACCUGGUAGUGAAAGCCAUCCAGGUGUUGCGUAUCCACCUGAUGGAGCUGGAGAAGGUGCGUGAGCUGUGUAAGGACUUCUGCCAGCGCUAUAUCACCUGCUUGCAGACGCAGAUGCACAGUGACAACUUGCUGAGGAGUGACCUCCCUGACCCCGACCGUGAGCCCGGCCUCUACUCUGCCCCUCAGAGCAGCUUCCGCCUGCAACAGGACCUUUUGCGGAGCUCCACACCGACGUCCCCCUCCACCAUCAGCAAUCCCAUUAGCCCCUCCUGCCUGGGCUCCCUGCAGCAAGCUGAUGUCACCAUGACAACCGUUAGCCCUCCAGCCAGAGCAGGAGGAGGAGCCUUGUAUCAGCCAAUCACCAUGCUGACAUUGCAAGGACAGCUGGAGCGAAACCUGUCGUCUCUGUUGGAUAAGGACGCGAGGAGGUCCAGGCUGAAGAGGAGCGCUCUGCCCAAACAUGCCACCAACAUCAUGCGCUCAUGGCUCUUCCAGCACCUUAUGCAUCCAUAUCCUACAGAAGACGAGAAGAGACAUAUUGCCACUCAAACACACCUCAGUCUCCUGCAAGUCAAUAACUGGUUCAUCAAUGCUCGGCGGAGGAUCCUCCAACCCAUGUUAGAGGCCAGUAACCCUGACCCUGCUCCCAAGACCAAGAGGAUGAAGUCCCAUCGACCUACCCAGCGAUUCUGGCCCCUAGCAACAGGGAGCUCCACCGUAGCAACAGGCCAGGCCACCAGCACUCCAGAAGGUACAGGGACAGGGGAGGGUGUGUCAGAGUCGACCUUGCUGGCUAUGCGGCGCGCCCUGCUUGAGGAAGAGGAGGACUCAGCCGACAGCUUCGAUGAUGAAGACGAGUUUGAGGAGAUGGAGGAGGAGGAGGAGGAAGAUGGUGGAGAGAAGCAUCAGCACCCCUCCAGUAUGCAAACCUCAAAAUCAGACACCCAGUGUAGCAGGGACUAACACAUCAUCUCAACAGUGUGCGCGUUGGGAGUGUCAGACUCGCACGGCCCAGCUGAGACACACACACACACACACACACACACACACCUCUGCUGGGAGUGCCAUCCAGUGUGGCCCAGAAACUGAGCUUUUUGACGUAGAUGCAGCACCGCAGGCCUUCUAAGAGUCACGGACAGUUUGGACUGGACCUGAACAGGAGAACCUGUCUCACUGCUGAAACUGAGACACACACACACACACACACACUCAUACACACACACACACAC